AUGGCACGCUACCUUUCAGCCACACUCGUCUUCUUGAGCGUGAUAGUCCUCUUUGCUGGCCACACCAUGGGCGUCUGGGGUGAGUAUCGUGCGGUUUGGCCUCCCUCUAGAGCGAUGCAAAUGCAUCGUACGCAGCUCACUCAACUUUGCUCUGACUCUCACCAAACAGUCAUGUUUAACUAUCCUAAGCACAAGACUUACGACGAGCUCAGAGACAUUUUCAAGCAUCAGUGUGUCGAUGUAGACGGUGCGGACGCUUGGCAAUUUUCGGAUGACGAAGUCGGCCUCUAUCCAGUGUGGUGCAGCAAGUGAGUCCCUGCCGGCAUGCGUGUGACUACUGGCAAACUGUCGAGAAUACUAAAUGGUCAUCUUCGCUUUGGACUUUGGCACGCGUGUCCGUGCGGCAUAGAGGUUCGAACGGAAUCCUAAAACAGGUGGUCAAAGAACUCGGCGAUCCAUGGGGUGUCAUCUACCAGCAAGACUGA